AUGACCGGGAGCAAACGCAAGAUGUCCGGCGAUGAGCCCCAGCUCGGUGAAGCUCCCGCAAAGCAUUCUGCCGACGGCCCACAGAAGACUCGUCGAGAGAAAGGAGAUGCCUACUACCGCGAACUAUUUCAGACCGAGCCGGACUUCCGUGACCUGGCUCGGCGCAGACCCGACUUUGCUGCAUUCAUCAAGGCUAAGGGACAGCUUGACUUUACAGACCCGGCUGCGGUGAUGCAGUUGACCAAGACACUGCUGGAUGUCAACUUCGACCUGCGCAUUGAGCUGCCGGCUGAUAGGCUCUGUCCACCCGUCCCCAAUCGCCACAAUUACAUCCUGUGGCUCAAGGAUCUCAUGGACACGACAUCGUACGAUCAACCUGGUCGAGGACUAUGUGGCAUCGACAUCGGCACUGGAGCGAGCUGCAUCUACUCUCUGCUUGGAUGUGCUCAAAGACCUUGGUCUUUUAUCAGCACCGACAUCGAUGAGAAGAGCUUAUCAUAUGCUGCCAAGAACGUCAAGCUGAACCACCUCGAGUCGCGUAUCACUGUAGUAGCUCGCAAAAAGACGGACCCUCUCGUUUGCGUGGAUGUAAUAGCAGACUCGACACAAGUCGGCUUUGUCAUGACAAACCCUCCCUUCUACGAGUCUGAAGAGGAGCUGUGGACUUUGGCCAAGAAAAAGUCGAGACCUCCCUACUCAGCCUGCACUGGCGCACCAGUAGAAAUGGUCUGUGAAGGCGGAGAAGUCGCCUUUGUUGGACGGAUCCUAACGGAAUCACUCCAACUGCGAGACAGAGUACAGUGGUAUACUUCCAUGCUCGGCAAGGUUUCGAGUCUGGAAGUUCUUGUUGAAAGACUCCGAAAGGAGGGUAUCGAUAACUAUGCCGUGACCGAGUUCAUCCAGGGAAACAAAACUCGUCGCUGGGCCAUCGCGUGGAGCUUUGCACCGAUGCGGCCUGCGGAGCAUGUUGCAAGAGGCAUGCAAGCGGUCCCUUGGCGGAAAAUCUUGCCACAGACUGUUGAGAUGGAUGUCGUUACUUCCAAGCCCGGUGAAGCAGGGAUGCUGGCAACCAACAUCGACUCCCUGAUGCAAUCACUAGAUCUCGCGUCAUGGACCUGGGACAAGCCACGGCUCCAAGGCAUUGGACGGGCACGGGAGAAGGUCUGGGGCAGGGCCUGGAGGAGAAGGAAACAGCGUGGAGAGACUAUUAUACAAGGUGCUUGUGGCGUUUCUGUAACGUGCACCUUUGGCUUCUCUAUAACGCUACGAAUCGGGUUGGCCGAGGCUGUUGUGGUAUGCAGAUGGCUGGAGGGACAUGACUUUCCCACUUUCGAGAGCUUCAAUGGCUUCUUGAAAAGCCGGCUAGCCGCCAAACCCACAUCGCAAGCUGCAGCAAAAGAAGCACCAGAAUCUUGA